AUGCGCUUGUGUAAGACACCCAUGUUUGGAUUUUUCCGAAAAGAGAAUGAGAGAAAAAGGUUUUUUCACAUCGCGUACUUCCAAAACAAAAUAUUUAUAAUGAAUACUUUCGCUACUUUGACGCGCACACCAAGCAAUGGUAUCAAUGAUAAGAUUCUAUUCGCGAAUCCCAUUGACAUACUCGAUCUACAGAAGUCAACAAAUCCUAGUCAAUCCCCAAACACAUGGGACACUAUUGAAGACAUUAGAUUAGAAGACUAUUCCUUCGACUUUUUGGAUGGUGAUGUAUUCGGUGAUAUAGAAAUUUCACCCAACAACACGUACCAAAAAUCCGAUACAGUCUAUCCAGUGUCUGAUCAAACUCAGUCCAACAAUGUUCAACAAUCGUCUGGCUAUCCGUCUGAAAGUCCGCUGAAAUCAAACUUGAACUCUGUACGAUCUAAACCUAUUGAAAUUGUCUCACCUCCUCGUACUGAGUUUCGUCCUCGUACAGAACGAGAAAGUCGAGAUUCCUCGCACUUCUUACGAUGCGACAAGACGAGUAAACACGAACAUCCUACCAUAAAACUUCAAUCGGAUUGGCAUCCCGGCCAAAACAUUAUUAAAGUGACUCUUGUCAAGGUGGAUCAUCAACCUCAUGUCUAUACACUCGAGAACAAAGAACGUAAAACGUCGUCUUUUAUAUUCAAGACAGACGAGCCACAUACCCUUUACUUCCAUUUGACCAAAGAAGAUUGUGAAAAAGGCGAAAAAACACUCCAUAUCGAGUUCAUCAAAGGGAAACAAGUUGGUGAAAUCACGAAAGAAAAAAUUUCUAAGGAGCAACUGAACCUAUCAAAACUUUCUUUUACAUGUAUGCAUCGUCUUCCUAAUGGCUCCUACGUAGCUGAUGAAGCUACUACUGCUUAUUCUGAUACAAUGGCUGAGAAAUACGGUGAAUUCAAAAUCCUGGAUGUCUUUCAAAAGUAUGGCCCAAUGUGCGGCAAUCAAAAGGUGUGCAUAGAAACCAAGGGCCCUCUCCCGAAAGACUACAAACAAAACCUCGUUUUGAAAAUUCAAGAUAACGGUCAUGAGUCGUCGAUUCCCAUCGAAAAGAUGCAAAAGAACGGAAACAACUUCACUUUCCUCAUGCCGAAAUAUCCGGAUCCAUUCUGUGAGCGUGCCACUGUUCGUAUUACCAUCGAAUAUGAGCAAGAUGUGAUCUACGAAGAUGAUUAUACGUAUUUGAGAAUUUUAGAUCGAGCAUUUGUGAACGAUCAAACAGACGGAUACGUUGCGCCGAAUACAAUUACUGGACAGCUGCAACACGAUGAUUCUGAAGUUUUCGACUUUUUCACCGAUUCACCGGCGACAAGUCUGCCGGCGAAACGCCUUCGACGAUCAUGA